AAUUGGUCUGCAUUGUUAAGGGAAAAUAAGCAGCGAAUACACAGAGCGUGACAUCAUGUGACAUUCACGCGUACAUGGUUACAAGUGACGUAUUGGUGGUUAUAUAGCAGAGAGAUUGUGGCAGGUAAACACACAAAUCGAUUUUCGCUGAACAGUAGGAAUACAACCAUUAACGAGUCAAAACAUCGAACAACAUAUUCUCAAAAUGGCGUCUUGCUGUAAGAGUCGUCCAUGGUUCUUACCUGUUGCGGGCUUGUGCACAAUUGCGCUGGGGCUGCACAUAUUUGCGCUGUUCCAUCCAGGAUGGAUAAUGAUGAAGCGAGACCUCACGGAAAUUGUCAGGACGGGGGGAUUUGCCGAGCAUUUAGAAGUGAAAGAAGAUGACCUCAUGUUUAAGCCUGAUGCCUCAGUUGUUGAGGAGGAAAAAGAUAUAAAUGAAUGGAUUAAAGAAUCCACCAUUGACCUGAAUCGCAUUGAGUUCGGGCUCCAUUUUGGUCUUUGGAAUGCCCGUAUGUGUGUCCGUGAGAAAGAGACGUCGACCCUUCGCAUCACGGAAAUAACCGAUGUCGAGACGGAUGAGAGUAACGUCGCUCCGAAGGUCACGGAAGAAACCGACGAGGAGAUCGUCCAAAGUGUUCCGAAAAUCGAGAAGAAGUUCGAACACCGCAAGCACGAGAAACACUGCAACUGCAAGAAGAUCUCUACCGCGUGCGCCCUGCUGAACUCCUACGUGUUCGAGGACCCGAUCAACUACGGUGGUCUCCUGAGACGUAACGAGGUCCUCUCCAAAGAGAAUUUCGGCUACGCCAGCCUGAAGGAACACCAAUGGGAGCUGUGCCUGGCGCUCGGGUUCCACGCGCUGGCUCUCCUCUCGUCCAUUGGAGGCUUCUGGAAGGGCUGCAGGUGCGGGGCAACAGCCACCGUGCUCUUCUUGCUGCUCGCAGCUUUCCUGACGAUGGCGCCAAUUAGCCGCUUCGCACGCUACAGCGUCAACAAGAACAACGCCCAGAUUCCGGUCUACGUCAUGCCGCCCGUCUCCGUAAUCAUCGCCGGAUGUGGCUUGUUCGUCACCGUCAUCGCCUCGUUUGUCGCCUUCCUAGGCACAAUGAAGAACUUCCGGGAGAAGCGCCCCGGAAACUGGUACCGCUUCAACAACGAGCUCGAACUUCCUGUGGACGAGGAGAAGAAAUCGAAGCUGGUCUUCGUGAACGAUCCACUUCCGCCGAAACCCGGCAUGGACGUAACUGCGUAAAUGGAAAAUGGCGGGAAAUUUCGAGCAGGUUUUUUUUGUUCUUGUUACAACCUUUUUAUUUGGAGUUUCAACGAUAGAGGGACCGAGCGUUGGGAGUAUUUUUUUCUAAAAUGUUGUAUCCUUUUGUGAGAUAAAAAUGACGGGAAGGAACGUCGGACGUUUUAAUUCUUUAAAUGUUGUAUAGUUUGUUUAGAGAUCGAAAAACGUAUGUAAUACUUAUCUUAAAGAGUUAAAUUGCAAAAACGAUCAAUUUCCACAUGUUUUAUAAUAUGUUUUUCGUGUUUUGUUGAUUGCUUUACUUCAAAAUAUGUAGUAUUUGCAAUUUUUAAAAUUUGAAUUUGCUAUUUGAAAAAAAAUCCGAAACUGUGAUUUGUAUUUUUUUAUUGUUGUAAAAUAUGUUUAUUUCACACAACUUUGUAUCUGUAAUGAACGCACAUCUGUGGGUAAUUUUACCGGUUUAAAUAUACUAAUAAAGGUCUCUUUUAUUUUUAAAUAAUCUCUGCGAAAGGAGUUAUAAGUAUUUUAAAAUUCGCUUCUAUUUUACUAGAUAUAUAUCAACAUGAUUCAAAUAUUAAAUUUUGUGGUAAAUUUAGGCUAGCGCAUCAUGCCUUCUUGUUCUGAAAAUAUUUGAGUUGUAUCACUGAAUUUGUAAAUGCAUUUUGUAUACUUUGUAUGAUACUGUUACUAACACUGUUUCACUUUUAUUAAUAAAAAAUUCUUCGA